AUGUGGAGUGUAGAAAUUAUUGAUUUAUCUAGUGAUGAUGAAAGUGAAAAGGCUCUUCCGGUUGCAGUUAAAUUGGAGCCAGGGUGUUUUACGGGCGCUGAGGAAAUGCGUGUGACUGGUGAUCGGCGAAUAGUCAAAUGUGAGAAAUCUCGAAUUUCGGUGACUAGACAAGAUGCUGAUGAAAAUAUAAGCUGUAGUGCCCCGAGUACAGGUCAUAGUAAUUCCAGUGUAUUGGAGCAGGGGACGUCGCCAGUUGAUGAUACUGGCAUUUCUUAUGCAUCAUCCAUUUGUGCAGCACCACUUUCCAGACAGUUUUGGAAAGCUGGGAGCUAUGAUGAUGGGCAUGGCUCUCAAAUUUCAGUUAAAGAUGGAAAAAGCUAUCUACACGUACACCCCAUGUUCCUUCACUCAAAUGCAACUUCGCACAAGUGGGCAUUUGGUGCAAUAGCAGAGCUUCUUGAUAAUGCUGUUGAUGAGAUCCAAAAUGGGGCUACCUUUGUCAGUGUAGAUAAAAUUUCAAAUCCAAGAGAUGGAAGUCCAGCAUUGUUGAUUCAAGAUGAUGGUGGUGGCAUGGAUCCGGAAGCAAUGCGUCGCUGCAUGAGUUUUGGAUUUUCAGAUAAAAAUUCAAAGCUUGCUAUUGGACAGUAUGGAAAUGGCUUCAAGACCAGUAGUAUGAGGCUUGGUGCAGAUGCUAUAGUCUUCAGUCGCCAUCUUAAUAACGGGAUUUUGACUCAAAGCAUUGGACUUUUGUCAUAUACAUUUCUGAUGCAAACACAACUUGACAGAAUAGUAGUACCAAUGGUGAAUUAUGAGUAUAAUACUUCAACUUCAUCGUUGGAUGUGUUAAAUGGCAAAGAACAUUUUAUGGCAAAUUUAGAAUUGCUGUUGCGCUGGUCACCAUAUUCAUCCGAAGCAGAUCUUCUGAAACAAUUUCAAAACAUGGGAUCUUACGGUACUAAAGUUAUUGUCUACAAUUUGUGGUUCAAUGAUGAGGGAAUUACAGAGUUAGAUUUUGAUACAGAUCCCGAGGAUAUUCGCAUUGCUUGGGAUGUCAAGAAGAUCACUACUAAACCAGCAUGGAAGAGAAUCCAAGAGGAACAUAUUGCAAAAACAUUUCGUUACUCAUUACGUGUGUACUUGUCCAUAUUAUACUUGCGGUUACCAAAAACUUUCCAAAUUAUAUUGAGAGGGCAAGUUGUGAAGCCACAUAGCAUUGCUGACGAUCUUAAACUUGUUGAAUUUGUCAAAUAUACACCGCAAUGUGGUGGUGGACCUGUAGAGGAACUUUUUGUAACAAUUGGAUUUCUUAAGGAAGCCCCUCAUGUCAAUAUCCAUGGUUUCAAUGUAUAUCACAAACAUCGGCUGAUACUGCCAUUUUGGCAGGUUGUAAGAUAUUCAGACAGUAGAGGCAGAGGAGUUGUUGGUAUCAUGCAAGCAGAUUUUGUUGAGCCAACUCAUGAUAAACAAGAUUUUGAGAAAACUUCCUUGUUUCAAAAGCUAGAAGCGCGAUUGAAGUCAAUGACAUGGGAGUACUGGGAUACACAUUGUAGACUAAUUGGGUAUAGGUCGGAAGUUAGGUCUCGAACUCCAGUUACCAAACCACUUCCUUCAUCGCAGAAAUCACUUGGGUAUCAUAACAAGAGGAAGACAGAUGAACUGAUAGACCUUCAUAAGAGGAAAAACCAUGCAAGUGAAGAAUAUGUAACUGGUAUUGGUUUCAGUCCGAAUAAACAGAUCACCACAACUCCUGCAGACGAGGUAGUAAAUCCAGAAACUAUAAAGUUGAUGCAAGAAAAUGAGAAAUUACAUACAGAAUGUUCGGAAUUGGAAAAGAGAGGUGAAGAACUUAAUUCCAGGGUGGUGGAGCUUAGAAGUAAAAUAGAGGAAGCCCAAAAUGAAUAUAAUCGGCUUUUAGCUGAAGUGCAGUCUUUAGAUGUGAAAGAGGAGUAG